UUGACGAUUUCAGAAAGGCAAAUCUGCCAUCAGUGUUGCCGAGACCAAGAUCGAUGAGAGAGACAGACUUGAAUAAUCAUAUGUAAAUUAAAACCCACGCACGACGCGCUCGCCAACCGCGUGUGUCCAACCCAAGACCGACCAGCAACUACUUGAGAACCUUUGAAACUCGAACUCCCCCAACUCACCUCAUCCAAACAGACCAACCAAACCAAUCCCUUCCAACCAAAAAUGGCGGCUGCAGCAGCAGGAGCUAGAAUCAACUGCUUCUUAAACCCCAUAAACCCUCUCAACUCCACCCGUCUCACCACCCACCUCCACUUCCGUCUCUCCAAAAAAACCUUCUCCGCCCGCGCCUCCGCCAAUGACCCUUUUGUCCUCACCACUCCUCUUUAUUACGUCAACGCCCCUCCUCACAUGGGCAGCGCCUACACCACCAUCGCCGCCGACGCCAUUGCUCGCUUCCAGAGGCUGCUCGGCAAGACGGUCAUUUUCAUCACCGGGACUGACGAGCACGGUGAAAAGAUUGCUACCGCUGCCGCAGCUAAUAACUCCUCCCCUGCCCAACACUGCGACCUCAUUUCACAGUCCUACAUAUCUCUCUGGAAAAAUUUAGAUAUAGGGUAUGACAAGUUCAUUCGGACAACUGAUCCCAAGCAUGAAGCAAUUGUGAAGGAGUUUUACUCUAGGGUACUAAACAAUGGUGACAUUUAUAGAGCUGAUUAUGAGGGACUUUAUUGUAUCAGCUGUGAAGAGUAUAAGGAUGAGAAAGAACUGCUUGAGAAUAACUGUUGCCCCACGCAUCUAAAGCCGUGUGUUGCACGGAAAGAGGAUAAUUUCUUCUUUGCAUUGUCCAAGUAUCAGAAACGGCUGGAAGAAACUUUGGCCAAGAAUCCGAAUUUUGUGCAGCCUUCAUACCGUCUUAACGAGGUGCAAAGUUGGAUUAAAAGCGGCCUACGAGACUUUUCCAUUUCUCGAGCAUUAGUGGAUUGGGGCAUCCCAGUUCCUAAUGAUAGCAAGCAAACCAUUUAUGUUUGGUUUGAUGCUCUAUUGGGGUAUAUAUCAGCACUCUCAGAUGAUAUGGAGCAACCUAGUUUAGGAAGAGCCGUUUCAUCAGGAUGGCCUGCCUCACUACACUUGAUUGGCAAGGAUAUUUUACGUUUUCAUGCAGUGUACUGGCCAGCUAUGCUAAUGUCUGCUGGACUGGGCCUUCCUAAGAUGGUGUUUGGCCAUGGGUUCUUGACAAAGGAUGGUAUGAAGAUGGGGAAAUCACUAGGGAAUACAAUUGAACCAAAUGAUUUGGUUCAUAAAUUCGGGUCCGAUGCGGUCAGGUACUUCUUCAUCAGGGAGGUGGAAUUUGGUAGUGAUGGGGAUUAUUCAGAAGAUCGUUUCAUCAAUAUUGUCAAUGCUCAUCUUGCCAAUUCAAUCGGAAAUCUGCUUAACCGCACUCUGGGCCUUCUUAAGAAGAACUGCCAAUCUACUUUGGUAAUUGAUUCAAGUACUGCAGCUGAAGGAACUACAUUCAAGGACACUGUGGAAAAGUUGGUUGAAAAAGCUCGGGUUGAUUAUGAAAACCUCUCACUAUCAUCAGCUUGUGAGGCUGUUCUUGAGAUCAGCAAUGCUGGAAAUUCAUACAUGGAUGGGCGUGCACCAUGGUCUCUCUUUAAGCAAGGGGGUGAUGCAAGUGAAGCUGCUGCAAAGGAUCUUGUAAUAAUAUUAGAAGCAAUGCGGAUUAUAGCUAUUGCAUUAUCCCCUGUCACACCAAGUUUAAGUUGGAGAAUAUAUGGACAGCUUGGCUACUCAAAGGAUCAGUUUGAUGCUGCUACCUGGAGUGACACCAAGUGGGGUGGGCUUAAAGGUGGUCAGGUCAUGGCUCAACCUCAACCAAUUUUUGCAAGAAUUGAAAGCCAGACAGAAGAAGAAAAGAGGGUCCAAGCACCCGAAGCACCCAAAAAGGUGAAAAAGAACAAGUUACCAAAGCCUCAACAGGUGGUUGAAGCUUAAAGAUUUCACUCCUUUCAUCCCCCCGUUCAUACUUACAUUUUCAAGUUUUUUCCCCAAAACAUAUAUCGGAUCACCGAAUUACUCCUGUCAGAGAUUAAAUCGGAGAUUGAAUCCGUUUAGUGUAAUGUUAUCUUCAACAAUAAACCUACUUUUUAUUUAGGGUAAAAGUUAUAAAUGGUCCCCGUGGUUUGGGGUCAUGGCUAUGUUUGUCCUCGUUGUUUAAAAAUGUCUAAUGUUGGUCCUCGUGUUUUAUAUGUAGACUAAUUUUAGUCUAAUUAUAGCAUUCUGUUUAACACCGUUAGUGAGUUAUCACAUACUGAGUUAAUUUUGUCUUUUACCAUUUUUUCUCAAUGUUCAUAUCGAGGGUUCUGUUGC